GGCCCAGACUGAGGGCCCUUCACAAAGCCCUUCCCAGGCGCUGGGAACCCCACCUCCUCGUCCUUCCUCAGGUAACAUUUUCAACAGCUUUUGCCGGCCGCCCCCCAUGGCCUUGCCCAGCUCGGUCCUACAGACGCUGGCGCUCUCCACCAGCAUGCAGUGUCCCCCUGCUGCUCGCUGCUCACUGCUCCUCCGUGUGCUCGCCUCCGUCACACUGCACGAGGGCCUGCGAGGCUUGGAGGUCUGCUCCACCGGCCUGGACACCCAGGAGGUGCACUGCCAGACUGUGCGCAUCCACAGGGCCUCCCGCCGGCUGCAGGUGGAGCAUCAGCUCCAGGUGCACUUCGACUGCUUCAGGGUGAGCGUGGCCCAGCCCCUCUACGUCACCCUGAGGACUGUCCCCCACUUCUGCGGAAUCCAGCUGGGCCAGCACUACCAGGUGGAAGCGGGAAACUUCAGCUACUGGGUGGACCGCAAGCGCAAGGCCAUCAUGGUGCAGGUGCCUGAGGCCCCUGGGAGCCCGGACCACUUCGUGCGACUCUGCUUCAGGCGGUCAGUCUGCGAGGACGCAGGUGCCCUGGUGCGGGGCUGGGCUGCCACCCCUGACGCCAUACGGAUCCAGAUGUGCCCCUUUGGAGACGGCGAGUGCCCGGAGGCUGAGGCGCUGUGGGACGCCAUCCAUUACCACCCAGGGAGCCAGGCCCUGAGCUGGGAGCCCGCCUGUCCUGUGAGCGGCCACGUGAGCCUGUGCUGGCGAGCAGAGCCUGGGGGCCCCUGCCGUGAGCUGAGGCACUCGGGCCAGGCAGCACAUGGCGGGGUGAAGUAUCUGCUGGUGGACACACAACCCCAGCUCUGCCUGAAGUUCUCCACCAACCUGGGCCUCGGGGUGAGGUGCCCUUUCCAGCCACGGCACUUUCCAGCCUGGAAGAUGACCAUCCAGCCAGCACCUGCCCCGGGCCUCCUCCGGGCCACCUUCUUCUCGCCCAGCCCCGCCCACUUCCAGGUGCGCCUGUGUCACAGAAGGAGGCCAUGGCUGCCGGCUUGCCACCUCGCACCCCAGGCCAGCCCCCUUCCUCCAGCCUCAAGCGACCCCACGGCACACCCCACGGCUGACUUCGUGUUCGUAGACAUUCCCAGGGACGAAGCCUGCGCUCCUGGCAUCUGUGUCCAAGGCUGGAGGACGGACGUGCGCUUCUCCGCCCCGCAGCAGCUGUGUGACCUCCCCUGUGUCAACCAGCAAUCUAACAGACUUUCGUCAAAAAAGAAGUAUGGGGACCAACAGGUGGCACAGUGGUUAAGAGGCUGGACUCCCACGUGGUCGACCACAGCUCAAGUCCCAGACCUGGUGGGGUGA